AUGGAGGCACACCCCGCUCUCCUCCGCCUGGAACCGCAGGUGUGUGGCAGUGACCUGUCUCUCCAGGUGGGUGUAAAGGGUGGCACCGCGCCAGCUGGUGUGCUGGUGUGGCUUAAGGAGGUGAAAUGGAGGCACACCCCGCUCUCCUCCGCCUGGAACCGCAGGUGUGUGGCAGUGACCUGUCUCUCCAGGUGGGUGCUGCCAGCAGACAAAUUGCUGAAUGCACUGAAGGAACACUUUCAUGGAACAAAGCAAGAAAAUAUGGACACUGAAAAAAGUGCAUCUGCUUCCAUUGAAUUCGAUGAAGUGAACGAUCAAGAGGAAAUGAUGUCUGAUUCCACGUGUUUUAUUACAAAAAGACGUGGUAAAGAAAAGAAAAUAACCAGAAAAAAGAGGAACUCCAAUGAGGAAACUAAUACUGGUGAAGAAAAUACAGGGCUCUCCAAUGACAAAGAGGAGCAUUCCGAAAUGAAAGAAAACAAGGUGCCUCGAGGUCAGCAGCAAAAGGGACAGCAGCUAUUCCAAAAUGAGGAACAAGUAUCUAAAAUGAAAGAUAUUGAGAAUCCAGCUAUAAGUCGGAAAGAACAACUAGAGAAGACUUCUAUUAAAAGUAGUGGAGAUGAAUGUGAUGCUCGUCAGGCAAGAGGGAAGAUCCCUUUAUAUGUGGGCCGUGUGUCUAGGUCUGGGAAAAGAGGAACAAAAGUUACUACACCAAACUUUAAAAAGUUGCAUGAGGCUCACUUCAAGAAAAUGGAAUCUAUUGCUGACUACAUUGAAAGGAAAAAACAAGUGAUUGAAAACUGGAACAGUUCUCUCUCUGAAGUCAAGAAACAAGCCAGAAGUAAAACAUGUUUAUUCAGCCCAAAUCCAGAAAGAGGCAGAUUCUCUGCCACCUGCACUCCGAGUAACCUCCGGCGCUCCCCACGCAGCUCUCUGAACACUGCCAGUCGGAGUAUUUUAUCUAGGAAAUCUUCAUUUAAUCCUUCUGUCCUUUCAACAGCCAAAAUGAACGUCAGGUUCUCAGAAGCUACAAAAGAUAACGAGCAUAAACGUUCUCUUACCAAGACUCCAUCUAGAAUGUCUCCGUACUUGCAGAUUGACACACCUGAGAGCUCAAAGAGCUGCAAACUAAUAAACCAGAAAAACAGCAAGGGAAACGAAGGAAAUAAUGAUCCAAGUGUGUCAAAAGUUAUCACCCCGUUCAAGUUUGCAGCUCACUCUGCAGAACCCACAAGCACAAAGAAGACAUUUGAUCUCAAAGCAAGUCUCUCCAGGCCACUUCCAUACCAGCCACAUAAAGGAAGACUAAAACCUUGGGGAGAAUUUAAAGAAAAUGCCGUCCUUAAGAAGUCUGUCAGUAGCAACAUCUCUUCACGUAAGAAAGAUUAUAAACAGCCGCAUCUCCAGACAAGGGAAGAAAGACGUGAGAAACAUGAGCAAGAGAGGAAAAUCAAAAAGGCUCAGGCUCUCAGAAACCGUAGAGGACUAUCUGUGGGUUAG